UUUCACAGUUGUUUUUGCCACUGGACAGAGCAAUAUGUACAUGUAUUUAAUAACUGUCUGCCUCUUCUUGGCGUCUUUUAGCACUGGUCAUGAGACGACCAUGAAAACACCAAAGAAAGCUGCUCCAAGUCUUGAGUCCCGCAUUACUAACCUGGAGAGGGUCCUGGCUAGUGUUCUGACUGGGAAGGAUAAUGCUAGCAUCACUGAUAUACAGGUCAUCAAGUUCCAGAAAAAAGAAAUAUUGCCGAUAAGAAAGAAUCUUGUAGCAUUUUCUGCCUGGAUGAAAACAAAAUCUGGAAUGAGUCCGGGAUUUUCUCUGAAAUUCGGUAAUGUUACAACCAAUAUUGGAGAUCAUUACCACCCAACAGACGGAAUCUUUAUCGCACCUGUCCAUGGUCUCUAUAUGUUUCACUGGACCAUGAACUGUUUCCACAGCGGAAGUCACCACUGCGCAACCUCCCUUAUGGUAGAUGGUGUGAAGAAGGGCUACAUUAUUUCUGGGGAAAACGCUGGAAAUUACUACCACACGGGAUCCAACACCCUGCUGUUGGAGUUGAAGGCCGGGACACAUGUGUGGGUUCAGGUGGAAACAUACACCAAUGUUUACCUGUAUGACUACACCUCCUUCACGGGUUGUUUGUUGUCAAUAUAUUAAUUUUAUCAACUUUGCCCAAUUUUUGUGGGUUUUUUGGGGGCUUUCUGUUGAAAACACGUCUAUUUAGGAAAAAAUAGCCUUCAUUGCAUGACAAUUGUUUUAAUAUGUCAAAUGAAACCAGUAAAGCUUUGAAAAGUG